GUUUAUUUACAAAAUAAACGCCGAAAUCCUGAUUUAACUUGGUUAUGUCGCGAAGUAAGAUAUGGAGGUAUUACGACAAGUUGGAUCGAAAUUCUGCCCAAUGUCAGUUGUGCGAGAAGGUCAUAAAAACUUGUGGCAACACCUCCAAUCUAAUGAAGCACAUGAAAACGCAUCCGCAAGUAGAUCUCUUCGAUGAUGAUACGGUGGUGAUAAGGGGUAUUUACAAGCGGCGCGAGUCGGAUGACCUUAAGCGAAGGAUGCGGAAGGUUGUGUCCUUCAAAGAGGAGAGCUCCGACUUCCACAGCGAACUGGUUUUUAAGGCGGCCAAGGACUCAGGCGGUUUCAUCGAGUUGGAGGCACAAGGAUCGGGCAAAACGGGUUCGGAGGAUCACAUCGCCGUGCAGAGCGUCGGGUAUGCAUGGGUUACACCCGAAGCGGUCUCCGGAACAGAAACUGUUAGCGCCGAGGACAUCAUCGAGUUCGAGCCCAAGGAAGAACCUGAAGAGGUAGCCAGAAGUUCCUUUCACCAGGUCCAGGAUCUACCACUCCAAGAAGUUGACAACUUCAACCAUGAAGUACUAGUGCCUGGCCGACGUUCGUUUCACAAAGACAUGGCCUUUUUCAUCUGCCGCGACCGUCAACCGCUGCAGAUUAUCCACGGCGAAGGAUUCCAGCACCUAUUAAACGUGCUUUGCCCCACCUACAAGCCUCCCAGUGUGACGGAACUGGAAGCGUACAUAAGCAGAGAGGCACAGCUGCAGAGAUCCAAGCUCCGGCAACAGUUAGCAGCCGUCUCCACCCUUAGCCUCAGUUGCUCGAUGCACACAAAGUCCGAAGGUCAAAGCUGGUUGGAGAUGGUGGCCCACUUUAACGAUGGACGGCAUCGAAUCUCCCGGACACUUUCUGUGCAAACCCUUCCCGAUCCCUUGACAUCCAGCUGUGUAGUGGAUCGCAUGGAGCGUGUGUGUCAGCGCUAUGAUAUUAACAAGUCAAAGAUCACCUGCGUGACGACCAGCAGAAGUCGCCUGCUGGAGAACGCGGUGACCUUCUUUCUGAGCGCCCAACAUUAUGUACCAUGUUUCGCUGACCAGCUGAACUCGCUCCUGGAGGCAGUGGUGCAGCGCCCCGAGAUCCAUGGCAUGUGCGAGAAAGUUCGCACCUAUGUGGAGGCUUACCGGGAGUCUGGAGAUCCCAGCUCACAGAUCAAGCUUAAGCUGGACUUGAUGCAGCGACCAAUUAGUACAUACGAUAUGCUAGACCUGUACCUGAAACAUUCCUCCGUUCAUUUGGGAGAGUCACAUCCACUUUCGCCGGCGGAGGUCGAUUUGAGCCAGCAGAUACUGGACGUGCUGAAACCACUGACGAGCUCCAUGCGUGAACUCACGCGAACACCCUUUCCGGGGGCCAGCAAGGCAUUGCCAAUGGCCCACACCCUGAUUAACGAACUGAAGCAGGAGAAGAGUUUGGAGCACAAGGUGACCAAGGAGUUGCGCUGCUUUAUGGGGCAACAGCUGGAGAAGGACUUCGAAAGCAUGGAAAGGAACUUGCACUUGGCAAUGGCAAGUCUGAUGGAUCCACGUUUCCGCAAUAUUCCCUUCCAAAGCGGGGCCCUGGUGGCCAAAUACAUGACGCAGCUGUAUGACAUGAUGCAGGCGCAUGUGGACAGCGAAGGGGCAGUAUCCGGUGAAGUUCCUGUAGACCACGACAACUUCGACAUCUGGGCGGCGUACAAGGCCUUUUCGCACGAAAAGCAGCGGCUCAUCAACGGGAGCAACGGACCCGAUGCCGACGAUGAGAUAGCCACAUACUUCUGUGCUGGCAUGAGCACACUGCAGGCGGACCCCUUUCAGCUCUGGCAGGAGCUGUCGCCAACACAUCCCUUUCUACACACAGUGGCCCAAAGGUAUCUGCACAUUCCGGCAACGGCAGUGUCGCCGGCGCGGCUUUUCACUGCAGAUGGAGCGGCGGUGACGGAGCAGUAUGCCAGACUCCUUGAGAACGACAUGGAGAACGUCCUAUUCAUGGCUGACGUUCCGACGAAGGAAUGGCAGUUAUAGCGUAGUCAGCACUACUACUACAAUUUACUCCAUAUACAUAUGCAGCUUUCAAAUUGUUCACUUUUUACAUAACUCUUGUCAAUAGCAAAUGUAUCUGUAAUUUAAAUUUAGUUUUAUUUUUCAAUAUUUAACGACUUUGUUUAGUCAAGAUGUGUUAUGUAUGUAGUAUGUUCUUAAAUGUUUUCCCACUUACGGGAAUUAACCAUUAUUUGUUAAGAGAAAUACAUUUUUUUAAUGUAUAAAUAUGUAUUUAUUUUCCACAGCUAAAAAAAAAAGUAU